AAAGAAAGAAAAAACGGCUGUUUUUAGCUUCACUCUUUGAUCUUAUUGUGACACAUGGACUCUGUUAGCGAUAAACUGUCUGCAUUUAUACUUAUAUAGAGUCGAUUCUCAUUCUUGGCCAGCUCAAUUCGGUUGUUUUGGUUCAUAUUUUGGUUUUAUUUCCCUUCUAUCCACAAUCCUUCUCCGAUCUGCUUAUCUAGUCCACGUCAUUGUCUCGAUCUCUCCUGCAAACGGUCAACCAUCUCUUUGUUCCUCAAUUGUCGGGCCUUCCUCUUUGGGCAGUCGCUAGGCAUAUAUUGUACACUGUUGCUGAGCUUAUUGACACCACCCACGUGCCAUAUCAGGCCCUAUAAGAUUACACCAUAUUGCAUGAUCUAUCAUGAGAACGUCAUCCUCGCACUACAUGCAAGCCCAUUCUGAAUGGACAGAGCUGCAAGCCUUCCUCAGCUCUGAUAAGCCUAUAGUUAUUGACGGCCAUAGUCUAACUAUUGCAGGAGUUGUGGCAGCUGCAUUAUAUGGCAAGCAUGUGGCGGUAACAGACGACCCCGCUAUUCUCAAUCGCGUUCAGCAGAGUGUCGAUUUCCUUGAUUCUGAGCUGAGGAGUGGCCGUACUGUAUAUGGCGUGACCACGGGCUUUGGCGGCAGCGCCGACACUCGUACUGAUAAAGUCGAGAGUCUCCAGGUCGCUCUGCAGCAGCAUCUCAAUGUUGGCAUCCUUCUUCCCUCUGACAAGGGGCAGCAAUCCGACACUGCUCUCCAGGCGGAGGGCCUUCGAUCACACGCCUUGCCAGUUCCCAUUGUCAAAGGUAUGAUGAUUAUCCGUUGCAAUUCUCUUAUUCGAGGGCACUCCGGAGUGCGUCUGACUCUAAUCAAAAACAUUCUUACCCUGUUGGAGAAAGGCAUGACUCCAGUUGUGCCGCUGCGUGGUAGCAUCUCUGCGUCUGGGGAUCUCUCAACACUCUCUUACAUUGCUGGUAUGCUCGAAGGUAAUCCUGAUGUUUUUGUUCGCAUCGGGGAUGAACACUGUUCUACUUAUCUUUCCGCAGACAAGGCUCUUCAACGUGCUGGAAUCCAGCCCAUCACGUUGCACGCAAAAGAAGGCCUCGGUAUCACCAAUGGAACCUCACCUAGCUGCGCGGCCGGCUGCGUAGCAAUCUACCAGGCCCAACAGCUUGCACUUAUGACUCAGCUGCUCACUGCCAUGGGAACUGAAGCUUUGCUAGGCACUGCACACAAUUUUCAUCCGUUUAUCUCGGCUGCACGGCCACAUCAGGGGCAGACUGAGGCUGCAGCUAACAUUAGUCUUCUGCUUUCUGGGUCAAGACUGGCACCAGACAAGAACCCCGAAACCAUCGGUCUUGCUCAAGAUCGCUAUGCGCUGAGAACUGCACCGCAAUGGAUUGGACCUCAGCUCGAGGACCUUGAUCUUGCACAUCGCCAAGUUCAAGCCGAAGUAAACUCCACCACCGACAACCCCUUACUAGAUGUACAAACUGGGGCAAUUCACCAUGGUGGCAACUUUCAGGCCGUCUGCAUCACCUCUGCCAUGGAGAAGACCAUGUCGGCGAUGCAGAUGCUCGGAAAGUUGAUAUUUGCUCAGAGUUCCGAGCUCGUUCACAAUAAACUCAACAAGGGACUACCUCCGAACCUUUCUAGUGACGAUCCGAGUCUUUCUUUCACCGCAAAGGGUUUUGAUGUCAAUAUGGCCGCCUACAUGUCCGAACUAGCCUAUCUGGCUCACCCAGUGAGCUCUCACGUGCAGUCUGCUGAGAUGCACAAUCAGUCUGUCAACUCUCUCGCUUUACUCACUGCCCGCUACGCCCUUGAGGCAGUCGAAUUGGUCUCACUCAUGUCCGCCACGUACAUCUAUCUCCUUUGCCAGGCGCUUGAUCUGCGAUGCCUGCAUUUCGAAUUUGUCAAAACUGGCAAACCAGCCAUUCGUCAACUUCUCCAGGACCAAUUUGGCCAACUCGUUGCGGACAAGCUUUUUGACGAUUUUGCCGAACGGUGCUGGAAGGGGUUGCUGGACAAAUGGGAGAGCCUGUCACAUUUGGACCUAGAAGAUCGUGGAACAGUCACCGCCAAGGAGUCAUUGGGAGAUUUAGUUCAUUCAUUCAUCCACGACCACGACGUGAAGGAUACCUCAUUUAUCUCAGAUUUCCUGCGCACUCUUGAGCAGUAUCAGAAAACCGUGGGAAAGACGCUAUACACGGUAUACGGCCACACUCGUGACGAAUUUUACAAUAACCAAACCACGGCUAGUUAUUUGAGCCCAGCAUCUGCCAAACUGUACACUUUUGUUCGGAAGGAUCUAAAUGUCCCCUUUCACCGGGGAUUGAUUGAUCACCCUACUGCCUCCGUGGCGACCAAUGGUGAGCGAGGACCUGGGAAGAUUCUGGGUACGCUCGCAAGUGAGAUAUACAUGGCUAUUAGAAAUGGAAGAUUGCAUGGCCUGGUGAUGGACGCUUUUACUGAUCAACACCAGUGAGGAACACUGCCACAUAGAUUCUUUGCGAUAUAAGACGAUUCCAUGUUUAAUGCUUUCCUAAAUUUCACCCAAAGACUUCUCCGAUACAUCAUACAUGAGCCUUGAUUCUCACUUCAAAUCCUUACUCUUACCCAUCAUCCUUCCGACGAUAUUCCUUCUCUGCCUCUCAUCUCUUAUUCAAGGGUCAAGUUAUAGAUUAUUAUCACCUAUGUGUAUCCAUAUCAUCCAAUUUUUAUUUUUGAUCCAUAUCUUCCCAUGACACAUCUUACUGGAAAUUAUCCCUACUGAUCAACGCUAGUCACGGAUCUCAUACAGGCUUGCUCUGCAAAUAGUAUAGUUAACUUGAUAGUCAUCUCUCUCUUC